AUGGAGCUUGUAUCCAAUACUUCGGAGAUGGCACUCAACGUCAGCUUCACUAACAGCUCAUCCAACUGUACCAUUGACAGCUUCAAGCAAGCUGUUUAUCCUGCCGUGUAUCUUACCAUUUUUUUCCUGGGUGCUGUUGGAAAUGGCCUUUCCAUAUAUGUCUUCUUCCAGCCUUCCCAGAGAAAGGCUUCAGUAAACAUCUACAUGCAGAACUUGGCCAUUUCAGAUCUCAUGUUCGUAAGCACUUUGCCUUUUCGGGCCACCUAUUUCUUGUUGGGCUCCCGCUGGAUAUUUGGAGAAGCCCUUUGCAGGAUCAUGACUUACACCUUGUACGUUAACAUGUACUGCAGCAUUUAUUUUCUCACCGUGCUGAGCGUGGUUCGUUUCAUAGCCAUUGUCUACCCGUUCAAGCUGUGGAAAGUAACUAAUGUUAAGAAUGGCAAGAUAAUGUGCACAGCAAUAUGGUUCUUUGUACUGGCAGCCUCCAGCCCGCUACUAAGUAAUGAAUUUGCAGGGCACAAUCGCACUGUCAAGUGCUUGGACCUCCACCCAGACAACACAUAUAAGUUCUUCCUCAUGAACAACAUUGUCCUCGUGGUGGGCUUCAUCCUGCCGUUCUGCACCAUUAUCAUCUGCUAUGUCUUUGCCAUCAAAGAGCUGGUCAAGACCAAGACUCCUCAGAAAAAAACAUCAAUCUGUCACAAGAAAGCACUGUCCACCAUCAUCAUCACCCUGAUCCUGCUCCUCCUGUGCUUCCUGCCAUACCACAUACUGCGAACUAUACACCUGAGCUACAACGUGUGCCACCAGGACAACCUGUCUUUGCAUAAGGCRGUGGUCAUCACUCUCUGCCUGGCAGCCAUGAACAGUUGCCUUGAUCCUGUGCUCUAUUACUUUGUUGCUGAAAAUUUCAAAGCACAAAUCAAAAGUUUAUGCUGCAGGUAA